AUAAAUGCACAGGGAGAAUGGGAAGCCUGAGAUAAACAUUGGCGGCCCCGACAACCGUUAGUCCUCGCGGGAAGGUUGUGAGACAACGGGUUGCCUACCCAACUGGUCCAGGUGUCCCUGUUCUGAUAAUUCCCUGAGCCAAGCGUGAACCAUGGCAGAGAAUGCAGAGGCCGAGGAGUCUGGAAUAUCGAUGGUUGAGGUGCUACAGGAGGAGGAAGAGAGGCAGUUAAAUGCUGCAGCUGUCCUAGGAGCUGCUGACGACACCCGCUGCACCUACGACCAGGGUUACAUGAAGAGACAAGCCUUGUAUGCAUGUAUGACCUGCUGCCCUGCUGAUGGAGACCACCAGGCUGGUGUGUGUCUGGCAUGCAGUUACCACUGCCAUGAGGACCAUGAUCUUGUGGAGCUAUACACCAAGAGGAACUUUCGUUGUGAUUGUGGCAAUUCCAAGUUUCCUCAUAAUCCAUGCAAACUAUUGAAGGAGAAACUGCCUGAGAACUCAGAGAACAAGUACAACCAUAAUUUCCGAGGGGUUUACUGCACCUGUAACCGACCUUAUCCUGAUCCUGAGGACCCAAAUGAGGAUGAGAUGAUCCAGUGCUGUCUUUGUGAAGACUGGUACCAUGGGAAGCACCAAGGUGGUAGUGUUCCUCCAGCUGAAGUGUAUGGUGAUAUGAUCUGUACCCAGUGUCUCCCCAAACAUGAGUUCCUUGCUUACUUUGUGGGUCUGGCAGUGACUGUUGUAGAGGAAGAAGAGACAAAAGGUAAAGUUGGCAAUGAAAAUUCUCCCAGUAAGAAUACUCAGGAAGAAGAGUCAAAGACUAAAGUUGGCUCAGAAAAAUCUCCCAGCAAGAAUACUCAGGAAGGAAAGGCAAAGACUACAGUUGACACAGAAGAGUCUUCCAUUAAGACUACUCAGGACGAAGUAAAGAAUGAAGAGAAAAAAGUUUGCUAUCAAAGUGAGAAUAUGACAGAGUCAGAAUGUAAAGAAAAUAUGAAGGAAACUGGUGCUGAAAAAUCUCAGAAAUCAGAGUGUAAGCUGAUCAGCAUGACAAAGCAUGCCUUACCCAAGGGAGCUCUGUUUCUACCAAACUCUUGGAGACAACAGCUCUGUGUUUGUGACAGUUGCAAGGCAACUUAUAAGGAUGAAGGAAUCAUCUUUCUCCUUGAUGAUGAAGAUACUGUCAAUUUCUAUGAAGAAAGUGGCAAGUCUUAUCAGCCAAGUAGCAGUGCACCUGUACAGAGAGAACUGGAGGCCCUCUCCUCUCUUGACCGUGUUGUGCGGACAGAGAUGGUUCAUGAGUACAACAAUCUGAGUUCAUCACUCCGUGAAUACCUUCGCAAGUUUGCUGAGAGCAAAAAGGUGGUGCGGGAUGAAGACAUACGAGAAUUCUUCUCUCAGCUGGCAGCCAACAAAAAACAAAAACCAAACUCAGGGGUGCAGCUGUUUUGCAGAUGAAUUUUCUCAAGGACAUGAUGGACUUGAUGGUGUUAUUAAAAUCAGGAAUAUUUAUGGUGAAGUUGAAAUAACUUCAAUCAAGUAUGUAUUUGUUGUAUGUGCAGUGAGAAUUCAAAAUCAAAUGUUAGUGUUGCUAAACUCAUAAUAGAUUAUUAAUUGCAGUAAGAUCCCUAAUGAAGUUGGAUUUCCAAUGAAGUAUGUACAGUAUUUUAAAAAAAUUACAAAGUUGAUCCGCAGUAAAUGUGAGGCAAAUUUAAAUCUCUUUAGUUGCCCAGAUUGAGCCUUAGACCAAUGAGCCUGAUGCAUUCCGAGUCACUGUACCAUCCAGCUUAUAACUGCUUGUGGUCAGAAUCAGAUGAUUCAGUUGGUAAAGGAACAUUUGUCUUGUGUUUAUUCUUAGCACAAUGUAUAACUUACUUUUAUCAAUGUAUAUUCCAUUCCUUAUUGUUUACUAGGUGAAUUAUAACUUCAUCAAAGGCAAGUUAUAAGAGACACCAAGAAAACUCCUCUAGAACAGAUACCUCUUUUUCUCCAUGCCUUGUAUUAAGAAAAGGCAUUGCUAACUCUCCCCACCCUUUUUCCUCCCUCCAAAAAAACAUGUAAACUCUUCAUAUCUUAUUUUACAGACACUAAUCCUUUGUGGCUGUUGCUGCUAUUUCUUGAUCUAAAGUGGUGGAACAAAGUACAUGACAUACCUAGUUAAUAUAUUGUGGGCUUUUAUCAAGGGAAGCAAGAUGAUUGGCAGUGAGAGCAUUGUCAUUGCAGCAGCUGAAGGCAACAAGCUUUGUAGAUAGUGCUGCAGGAGUAUUUCAUAGGUCAGCAUUUCUAGUGCCAAAGGUGCAUCCAUUUCUGAGAACCCCACACUGCAUUGAAUCUCAAGGGGUUGUUUUCAAAUCAUCACUCAUGUUGUCAUUUUGUAAAAAAGGUAAAUUUCAUUUGGUGGUGGUAUCUCUCUUGGCUCACUAUAUCCAAAUUGCUAGUUUGUGGAGUAUUGUAGACACCUUUUUAUUGUUCAGGUAAGACCUGCAAUAUAGUUGCAGUAUCACCUUGGUGUAUCUCAUCUGCAAAUUUUUGAGAUUUUCUUAUUUGUCAGUCUGUGUGGCUUUUUUUUUUUUUUUAUAUAGCUGACAAGAAUUCUUAUGGAGUAUCUUGCUAGUUAAUUUGCACAUGUUAUUUCAUUAUUGCCUCCGUACUUUCUGCCUAUUUAGCUAUUUGGUGAGAGAACAACAACUGAGUGAAAAUUAAAAGGGCUUUUUCACUUAGAGGUGUGUUAUGGAUAUAGUUAAAAAAAAAGGUGUGUUAUGGAUAUAGUUAAAAAAAAAUGUUAGCAGAGCACCCAACAACCUCAAGGUAUGUGUCUUCCAUUCUCAUUACUUCCUCUUCCACAAGCUUCUUACCAAAAUAUUCCACUCCCAGUGCCAGAUGUGCUCUAGGAUGGAGGGUUUGUUUGCAUUACCAAACUGACAGUAUAGGUGUUAUAACCAGCACUGUUUUUUCUGUAAGUUUCAUAAGCUAUUAUAAGAGGUUUUAUAUUUUUGUAUAUUUUAGUGUACUGUACAUAUUUUUUUCUGGUAAAUAAUAAUUAAAGAACAUUAACAAAAUCAGUUACACUAAUCACCACCACCAGCAGUAAGGGUUAUUUUGAAAUCACUUGUGUCCCUUUCACUUAUGCAGUCCCUGCAUUUGACAACACAGAAAUAGUAAUUAGCUUCAGGGUUAACCAACAUUACUUAUGCCUUAUUAAGCCUUAUGCUAUAUGAAAUUGAAAGCUUUCACUUUAAGCAAUGUAUUUAAUAACCCAGUUUUUCUGUGUUUGUUGAUUUUAUUGUUCACUGCCUCUUCACAAAUUUUUCCCUAUUUUAACCAGAAAAAAAUAGGGUCAUUGAGUCACCCACACAUCCUUCCCUCAUCAAAGUGAAUUGUUUCAUUCUCUUUUUAUUGCUGCUAUCACUACCAAUACAUGGCAUUUCACAUUCCAGUGUGCCGAUAUGAUUUGGAAGUCUAGUACUAGGGGUCUUACUGAAAUAAAUAUUACAUAAAAUUUUAAAGUGGCUAAUAUGUAGCAGUUAACUAGAAUAAAACCUGAACUAUUUUAUAAAAAUGUUUGUUCAGGAUUAUCAGCUUACUUUUCAGUCAUAUUGCAUUGACAAAAAUUAAGAUACUGAUUUUAUUAGUGUUUUGUAUAUAAAUUUGUCAGUUUUAGAUCAGAUUUGUUUUUGGGUCUCACUGAAUAUUUAUUUUCACAAGGAGUAAUAUUCAGAGUGUUUUCUACACACAGUAUCAGUGGUAGCACAAGAACUGCAGCAUCCAAUCAGUGCACAAUGGUAAUUUAGCAUUCUAAAUAUUACAAUAAAAGAUGGAAGAAUUCACA